GAAUGUGUUUCAUCAUAUAUUUACUUUUCAUAAGUGCAGAGGUGCAGUUUCAUCUUGGUUUAUGUUUCUACUCGUGUUGAGUAAUCGACAUGGAGGAUGGUGUAGCUCUAACGUUGUCGCCGUUGGUAGAUGCCCCCAUUCCAAAUGAUGCCAAACCUGAAUGUCAUGGAGGUAGCUCAUUUGGCAAUGGAACUUGGUUGAUGGAGUCUGAUGAGGAAGCAGACGGAGCUUAUUAUUUAAAUAGGGAAGGAAGAAAGAGGCAUGAGGAAUUCCAUAAAGCUGGAUAUUUGGAUGGCAUAGCAGCAGGACGAAAUGAUGCUGCACAAGAUGGUUUUGAUCGAGGUUUCAAGGAGUCCGUGAUGGUUGGAUAUAAGUGGGGAAUUGUUAGGGGUGUUACUAGUGCCUUAGCCCAUAUUCCAAAUGAGCUGAAGCUGAAACUUGUAGAAUCUGACGAAAAAAGAAGAGAUUUUUUGAACUUAUAUAAAGCUGUUGAUUCUAUGGGAACAGAAGAUGCACUGAAACACAUUUUUGAAGAUAAUCAGUAUGUCUUGUCAUCGGAAAAAAACAUAUUCAUUAAUGUUCAGUUUGAUUCCUCUGACACUGAUCGAAAUAGUUUUGGAGAUAAUGAUUUGGAGACUUAUUUUGGGAAGUUUGAUUCACUCUUAAAAGAGUCUCCUUUGGUCAAUGCGCAAUUGGAAUUGAAUAUAAACAAGGUGGCCUAGAUUAGUUGGAUAAGUGGCUUCAAGAUUGAGAAUACAUACUUUUGUGAGUUAGGUUUUUAUUUUAAUUUUCUGUUUAUGGUCUAAACUUUUAAUUAAGAAUACCAUGAAUAGCUUUUUUUUUUUUUUCUUUUUUAUCUUUCUACUUUUGUGUUUUUGGCUUGUUGAGUAAUUACUUUAGAAUGAAACCUUUAUGCUUUCAGUAUUUAUGCUUAUGUAGUUAUGUACAGAUUCUGAGUAAUCUUUUCACAUUUGUCUGCUUUC